AUGGGCUGCUGCUGCUCAACGGAGAAGGAUCAGUAUGCUGCGCAAAGCAGAAGAAGGCUAGCUACGGACCCAGCGGUAGUCAACGCUGCAAGAUAUCCCUACGGGAAUCCACCUGUCCAAACUGCGAGUCGCCAGAGGCCAAAGGCAAAACCCAAGACAAAUUCGAAGCCUGCACGUUCGAUACCCGACUCAGUCAUCACAUCAGUAGAUGAGUUGGUAUGGCCAGCACUAGAUCAACCGCAAACUCAACGGCCGGACCCUAAACGUGGACCCGCUCGACAUUUAUCCGUUCUCAGUGUUGACCCACAAAAAGAAUUUCGUAACAUGCCCGAGCUUGUAUCUCCAGUUCUGCCUCCAGAAGGAGUUUACUAUGAAGGAUAUACACCCCCGGUACCGGAAAAGGUUCCUGAAGAGCAUCCCCGCUUCGACAGGAACGAGCCACCCCCAAGACCACCCAAAGAAUUAGAAGGGAUGCAGCGGGGGCGCGAACGACCAAUCGAGUGUGCCCCUGCACUACCUCCAAAGCCCGAUCACAUGCGGGGGGAAACCGCCCCGGCACCGCUCACCAAGGAUCCCCAUUCAAUGUUCGCAGAACUUCCCUCCCAACGCCGGGUUGCUGAGCUAGCAGGCCUACCGCCUCCCGCAGAGCUCGAUGGUAUCCUCAUCCCUAACCCACUGCACGAGCAAGUGCGCAUUAAGUACAGAGACGCAGUGCCGUACGCGCCUGAUCUCUCCGAACUCCCUGCACAGGUACUACCAGUAUCGCCUUCUGGGUCCCUGUAUUCCCCAUAUUUAGUCGGCAGUGAGAUGAACCAAGGGCUGCGUGUGUCGGCUAUACAGCCCCGCGUUGCGUCUCCCGGACAUCCAGACAGUAUUCACCAGGAGAUGGAUGCGGCGGGCGCAAUAUAUGAGCUGGAUGACCGCCAAAGGUCGUCGCAGAGACAGGUGGUGGAGAGUUUGAUACCUAGCCCCGUUUACGCCACUGGUACCCGCAGCCGAUAUGUGAGACAGAGGGCAGGGGGCAGGACGUAG